CCUAGUAACCACCAUUUUCAGAGCAACAAAAAUCAUGGUCGUGAUCAACUGUAAUGGCACCCCAAAAACCAAUGGAGAUGACUACGAUCAGAAACCGGCUAUUGUUUCGUGUUACAAUGAAAAAAUACGUCCGGUUCUUGAUGCAGUCGACAAGCUACGUCGUCUCAACGUCACCCAAGAAGGCAUUCCUCUUCCCACAAUUGUCGUCGUGGGAGACCAGUCUUCUGGCAAGUCAAGUGUGCUAGAGUCGCUUGCUGGCAUAAGUUUGCCACGUGGCCAAGAUAUAUGCACAAGGGUGCCUCUUAUAAUGAGGCUCCAACACCAUCCGGAUCCUGUCCCUGAGUUCGUGUUAGAGUAUCAGAACGAGUCUGUUAAGAUCACGGAAGAGGGAAAAAUAGCUGAAGCGAUUGAUAAGGCUACGUUGGAGAUUGCUGGGGAUCGUAAAGGGAUAUCCAGUGUUGCGGUGACUCUGGUGGUGAAGAAGAUGGGUGUUCCGGAUCUAACCAUGGUUGAUUUGCCUGGGAUCACUCGUGUUCCCAUCGGUGAUCAACCGCAAGACAUUUACGAACAAAUUUCAGGUAUCAUAAUGGAGUAUAUAAAACCGGAAGAAAGUAUCAUUUUAAAUGUUCUUUCUGCCGCUGUUGAUUUCACUACAUGUGAAUCAAUUUGUAUGUCGCGGCGUGUUGACAGCACAGGACAGCGGACGUUGGCAGUUGUCACAAAAUGCGACAGAUUCCCCGAUGGUCUACUUGAGAAAGUCAUGGCAAAUGAUGUGAACAUUGGUCUUGGCUACACUUGUGUUAGAAACAGGAUCAAUGAUGAAACAUAUGAAGAGGCCCGAAUCCAAGAAACCACACUCUUUCAAACCCACCCGUUGUUGUCCAAUAUGGAAAAGUCCUAUGUGGGUAUUCCUGUCUUGGCUGAAAGGCUUGUUCAGAUCCAGUCUGAAAUCAUAUCGAAAUGCUUGCCUGACAUUAUCAAGAAAAUCAAUGAGAAACUCAAUGAUUCGGUCCUUGAGUUUAACAAGUUACCCAAGAAGUUUACAGGUAAUGCUGAUGCAUUGGCUACCUUUAUGGAAAUCACUGGUUCCUUACAGGAAACUCUAAAAAAAAUCCUGAUAAGAAGCGAGUUUGACCAGUAUCUGGGCGAUAAACAAUUGCAUGGAAAUGCCCGGUUGGUCCAAAUGCUAGAUGAGUUCUCAAAAGAACUUCAAACGAGCACUGAUUCUUCUGAACGUUUUCUGGACGAGGAAAUGAGUGUUCUUGAGGAAGCUAAUAGCAUUCGGCUGCCUAAUUUCCUUCCUCACUCGGUGUUUCUUCACUUGCUCCAGAGAAAAGUGAACAACAUAUCUGAUAUGCCUAAAAACCUUGUUAACAAAGUGUGUGAUUAUCUUGUAACCGUUUGUAUUAAAGUCUUGAAUGAUCAUUGUGGGAAUUACCCACAGUUACUCCCUUCCAUGAAGAAAGCAACCAAGAAUGUGAUGGCGAAAAUGAAGGCCAAGUUUAUGGAAAGAGUUGAGGAAAUGAUAGAAAUGGAGAUGAUCACAGAUUACACAUGUGACCCUGAUUUUACAACUUCUUACAACAAGUUAAUGGUAAACCGUGAUCAUCUUAUGAAGGCGAUUAGUGACCCAUGUCAUUAUCCAAUAACAUCAUACGACCCGUCCUAUCAAUUAAAUUUGGAAGGUUAUGGGAUGAUAAAUUUUAGUCAUCUGAUGAAAGUUCCUGAAAACACAAGGGACCAGGCGUUUGAUUUAAAAAUGAGGAUGGCAGCUUAUUGGAAGAUUGUUUUGAAACGGAUGGUGGAUUCAGUGGCACUUCAGCUUCAGUUUCAAGUACAAAAAGUGGUGAACAAGGAGUUAGGGUUGGAAAUAGCAAAUGAAGUAGUGGUCCGUGGUGGCAUAGAGAAGAUGUUGGAUGAACCGGUGUCCAUAGCCAAAAAGAGGGAGAAACUUCAAAGAAGCAUCGACUUGCUGCGUGAAUCUAAGAGAGUUAUUGAACAAGUCAUGGAUGGCAUUAUCAUCGCAGCCGAUUAGAGUUUGACCCAACUCAAUGUUCUAAGUAACAUAAUGUCGAGAUUCAAGUUUCUGGUUUGUGUUUUUGGUGAAUUUACUUUCGUGUUUGAACUAUGAAUCAUAUGUGAAGUUUCUUUUACAGUUGUAGUUACUCUUAUUUCAAUGGAUUAAUUAGUAGCCUUUCAUGUUUAAA